GCGCUCAGGCUCAGAGAGCGAGCGUGUUAUGCAGCCGAGAGAGGUGGAUUCAGGUGACGGAGAAACAACAGCGCCAUGGCGGCAGAGAUUCCCCGUCCGCAGACGCGAAAGCCCGUCCUGUUGAGUAAGAUCGAGGGUUUCCAAGAUGUGGUGAAUACGGCUGUGAUCAUCCCCAAAGAGGACGGGGUUAUCAGCGUAUCUCAAGACAGGACAAUCCGUGUGUGGCUGAAGAGGGACAGUGGUCAGUACUGGCCCAGUGUCUAUCACACAAUGCCUGUGGCUUGUUCAUGUAUGUCAUUUAACCCAGAGACAAGGAGGAUCUCUGCAGGGUUGGAAAAUGGCACAGUAUCGGAGUUUAUCCUAUCAGAGGACUACAACCAGAUGACUCCUGCGCGAACAUAUCAGGCUCAUCAGGGUGUCGUGACUGUGGUGCUGUUCGUCUUAGAGAUGGAGUGGGUUCUAAGCACAGGUCAGGACAAGAGCUUUACAUGGCACUGCUCAGAGAGCGGACAGCAGCUGGGCACGUACAGGACCACAGCAUGGGUGUCUGGACUACAAUUUGAUGUGGAGACCAGACAUGCCUUCGUUGGAGAUCUUUCCGGACAAGUGACAAUCCUGAAGCUGGAGCAGGACAACUGCAGCCUUGUUACCACCUUUAAAGGCCACACAGGCAAUGUUACGUCACUGUCUUGGGAUCCUGUGCAAAGGGUUUUAUUCUCUGGAAGUUCUGAUCAUUCAAUCAUCAUGUGGGACAUUGGAGGCCGUAAAGGCACAGCCAUUGAACUGCAGGGACACAAUGAUAAAGUGCAGGGCUUGUGUUACGCUCCUCACACUCGUCAGCUCAUUUCCUGUGGCUCAGAUGGAGGAAUAGUUAUCUGGAACAUGGACGUCACACGACAAGAGACCCCGGAGUGGCUUGACAGUGACUCGUGCCAGAAGUGUGAACAGCCGUUCUUCUGGAAUUUCAAACAGAUGUGGGACAGUAAGAAAAUUGGUCUCCGGCAGCAUCACUGCAGGAAGUGUGGCCAAGCCGUUUGUGGAAAGUGCUCCUCUAAACGUUCCACGAUUCCUCUCAUGGGAUUUGAGUUUGAAGUGCGGGUUUGUGACAGUUGUCACGACUCCAUUACAGAUGAGGAACGGGCGCCCACUGCAACGUUCCAUGACAGUAAGCACAGCAUCAUACAUAUGCAGUAUGAACCAACCAGAGGCUGGCUGCUCACCUCCGGGACAGACAGAGUCAUCAAGCUAUGGGACAUGACUCCAGUGGUAUCAUGAGAAUUAUCUCUAUCGUCUGCAAGCAAGAACUAAGAAUCCGUUCUGAACCUGAACCACGGAGAACGUUCAGAGUUCAGGUCCCUUUCCAUGGGCAGCUUCAUCUCAUGGUGGAAAAACUCAAGGAUAUCAUGAGAUUUAAAUGAUGGUUUAAACUGAGCAUGUGCAUUUGUAUGUAUUUGUGCAUGUGGGUUAUGGAAACAAACAUGUAAAUACUUUCCAGUCUAAAACUGUUUAGUUCUAAUUGUUUAUAUUGACAUGACCUAAAUGUUAUGUUGUCUGUAAAAUAUUCUUUCAUCAUCUUAUGUCUUAUCCCAAACACAAAUGAAUCCUCCUGAUAUUGCAUCAAAGCAUGCUGGAACUGUUUUUAUAUUCAAGUGCCUUUACCGCACAUCAAUCAGUGGUUUUGGCAUGGGAAAAUACUGUCUGCUAUUGACUCUUGGUCAUGAUCUGUUAAUCUUGACUCUUUAAAUGUAAGCACUUAAUUUUACUGGUAUUUUUACACCAGGAAAUUUAAUAGGAGAAUUAAGGAUACACAUAAUCACAGAUGUUGUUUAUACAGGGUAAAAUUCAGUAAUGCUUUAUUGUAAUAAUAUUGUGUUUGGUUUGAUUAAAGCUGAUGUUUCAUAGACAUCUCAUUACUGUAAGAAACAUUCACUGUAUUUCAUUCUUUCAAUGGCAAUGAGAAAUUGGAUGUCUUUCCUCAGGCACAAUUUUUGCUGUAUGUUAAAUCAAGCAAGGCUUCCAUAAUGACUUGCAAAGUGAGUGUCCUGUCCUAUAGCACAAUAUGGACAUUUGAGCAUUUUUAAGAGGUCACUGUAAAGCCACAAUAUGUGAAACGCUACAGCUGAAUGAUUAUGGCGAGGUUAGUGUUUUUGAAAAGGACUCAUUUGACUUAUAUGGAUACUGGUUCAUUUUAAAGCAAAUCAUUGUAGUUUGGGGUCAGUUUUUAAAAAAUGUUUUUGAAGGAAGUCUCUUAUGCUCACAAAGGCUGCAUUUAUUCUAUUUGUAUAUAUUUUAAAAAGCAAUUUAUUUCUGAUGGCAAAGCUGAAUUUGCAGCCACUCCAGUCUUCAGUGUCACAUGAUCCUUCAGAAAUCAUUUGAAUAUGCUGAUUUGGUAUUCGUUAAAAAAAAUAUCAGUGUUGACAGUUGUGCUACUCAAUAUUUUGUGGAAACUGAUGCAUUUAUUUUCAGGAUUCUGUGAGCAAAAGAACAGCAUUUAUUUUUUUAUUUGUAAAAUUAUAAAUGUAUUUACUGUCACUGUUGAUUAUUUUAAUGUGUUCUUGCAGAAUAAAAGUAUUAAUUAAAGAAAAUCUUAUUGACCCCAAACUUUUGAACAGUAAUGUAAGUAAUGGGAGUAAAGUCUUUGUUCACCUUGAAUUAAAAGCCCUUAUUUUUUGUCACAUGAUAGUCAAAUUCUUUGUUUGUAAUGGCUCUUUAA